CUCCUCUAUAUCAGAGGGGUUCUGCCUCCUUCGUUCUCUGCUCUUUCUCUGAAGCUCUGCUUGUAGCCCAAACCUUUCCUUGCAUUUUUUCCCAUCCCUCUCUGAACACCACCACCAUCACUAUGAGUCGUAUCUCCUAUAGAACAUCCUCUGGAGGAGGCAGCAGGGGCUUCUCCUCUGGUUCUGCCAUUGUUGGUGGCAGUGGUGGUGGAGGCGGGAGAUCAAGUUUUAGCUCAUACUCUGUUUCUCGGGUUGGAGGUACAAGAGUUGGAGGUGGAGGUGGUGGCUAUGGACACGGUGGUGGCUUUGGCAGUCGAAGCAUGUACAGCCUAGGUGGAAACAAACGAAUUUCUUAUGGUGGAAAUUACCGAUCAGGUUUCGGUGGUGGUUAUGGUGCUGGUGGAGGGGCUGGAUUUGGUUUUGGUGGUGGCGCAGGUGGUGCUGGUGGUGCAGGUUUUGGUUUCGGUGGACCAGGGUUUGGAGUUCCUGGAUCUGCCUUUGCAGUAGGUGCUCCAGGUUUUGGUGGAAGACCAGGGUUUCCCAUUUGCCCACCUGGUGGAAUUCAAGAGGUGACUGUCAACCAGAAUCUCCUGCAACCACUCCACCUGGAGAUUGACCCAGAGAUUCAAAAAGUGCGCACACAAGAGAGGGAGCAGAUCAAGACACUCAACAACAAAUUUGCCUCUUUUAUUGACAAGGUCCGAUUCCUGGAACAACAGAAUAAAGUCCUUGAAACCAAAUGGGCACUCUUACAAGAACAGGGGACAACUGUUCGGCGAAACACCAUGGAACCCCUUUAUGAACAAUAUAUCACUAAUCUUAGGAGGCAACUUGAUGGUUUAGUGGGUGAACGGGGAAGGCUGGAUUCAGAACUGAGGAACAUGCAAGAUAUGGUGGAAGACUACAAAAACAAAUAUGAAGAAGAGAUUAACAGGCGUACAGGUGCAGAGAAUGAAUUUGUUGUGCUGAAGAAGGAUGUUGAUAGCGCCUAUAUGAACAAGAUUGAACUUGGCGGCAAAUCAGACUCACUGACUGAUGAAAUUGAGUUCAUGAAAGCACUUUUUGAGGCGGAAUUAGCUCAGAUGCAGCAGCAGGUAUCUGACACCUCUGUUGUGUUAUCGAUGGACAACAACAGAAACCUAGACUUGAACAGCAUCAUCGCUGAAGUCAAAGCACAGUAUGAAGACAUUGCCAACAGGAGCCGAAGCGAAGCUGAAUCAUGGUAUCAAUCCAAGUAUGAAGAGCUGCAGGUCUCUGCUGGGAGACACGGGGAUGACCUCCGCAACACAAAGACAGAAAUUGCAGAACUUAACCGGAUGAUCCAGAGGCUGCGAAGUGAAAUAGACGCCUUGAAGAAACAGUGUGCCAAUCUCCAGGCAGCCAUUGCCGAGGCUGAGGAUCGUGGGGAACUGGCCCUCAAGGAUGCAAGGCAGAAACUGAAUGAGUUGGAGGAAGCCCUGCAGAAGACAAAGCAAGAACUUGCCCGGCAGCUCAAGGAAUACCAGGAGCUCAUGAAUGUCAAGCUGGCCUUGGAUAUUGAGAUUGCCACCUACAGGAAGCUGCUGGAGGGAGAAGAAAGCAGAUUGUUCGGUGAAGGAGUUGGAAACGUGAGCGUCUCUGUGGUCAGCAGCUCCACUGGAUACGGCGGUGGAAGCCUUGCCUUAGGAGGAGGCGGAGGAGGACAUGGUGUUGGUCUGGGAGGAGGACACGGCAUUGGUUACGGAGGUGGCAGCGGCUACGGUGUUGGCGGCGGCAGCUACAGCAUUGGAGGGGGAAGCGGGUUUGGCUCUGGUUAUGGAAGUGGGGUCAGCGUGGGAGGCGGCAGCAGUUAUAGCACUGGAGGAGGCCGUGUCUCCUCUGGGGGUGGGGGUGGAGGAAGCUCCAGUGUGAAAAUUGUAUCAAAAACCACCUCGACCAAGAAAACAGUCUAUUAAAGGUUGACCACCACCCCCAACCUGAAUAGGAGCACAUUGCCAUUUUGCAAGUGAAAGCCUCCAAUCCGUUGUGUAAAUAGCUUCUCAAAGCUCUUCCCCUCUGAUCUUUCACCUUUUCCAUAUAAGGCUGGCCAUUACAUAGGUCCAGAUGUUUGAACCCUAGUCUAGUGAGAGAUUUCCAUGGGCAGAGACAGGCUUGCAGUUGUGGAUCAGCUGUACCCAGUUGUGCACAGUUGGAUAAACAACCACAAUGUGUGAACCCCAUGUGUGAACCAUGUUUAGUAUUCUUCAAAGAAAGAUUUAGGAGAAAAA